AUGACAAUGCCUCUCACGUGUCGUUUCUAUUCCCAGAAGUUCCCAGAAGUGGAUGACGUGGUUAUGGUUAACGUCAGAUCCAUCGCCGAAAUGGGCGCUUAUGUCCAUCUCUUGGAGUACAACAAUAUCGAGGGUAUGAUAUUGUUGUCUGAGUUGUCUCGCCGUCGGAUCCGAUCUAUCAAUAAACUGAUUCGUGUCGGACGUAACGAAUGUGUUGUUGUGAUCCGAGUCGACAAAGACAAGGGAUAUAUCGAUUUGUCUAAACGACGGGUUUCUCCCGAAGACAUCGUCCGAUGCGAAGAGAAGUUCGCCAAAGCGAAGGCUGUGAACAGUAUUUUAAGACAUGUGGCGGAGAUUCUGGGCUAUCAGACCAAUGAAGAGUUGGAAGAGUUGUAUCAGAAGACCGCCUGGUUUUUUGAGCUAAAAAUGAAGAAACAGUCGUCGAGUUAUGAUAUGUUCAAACACUCCGUCAACGAUGUGUCGGCUUUGGAUGAGUUAGGCCUCGACGAGAAGACCAAAGAGGUUUUGAUUACACAUAUAAGGCGUCGACUUAUGCCUCAAGCGGUUAAAGUGAGGGCCGAUAUAGAGGUGGGCUGUUGUGCCUAUGAGGGCAUCGAUGCCGUCAAAAACGCGUUG